CGCAGCGUCGUUCACUCACAUGAAUAUUUCAUCGGUUGUAUAGAUUCAUUUCUGUCUUUGCAGAAAUCAGAAUUCAGAAACGAUGCGCGGGGAACAACGACGUCUGCGCAGCGGAACGUUUUCCCGUCUCCAAGCAAAGAUCAGUGUUAUCGGGAUAGCUUAGCUUAGCAUGGCUAGCUUAGCCGCUAGCUAACGUAGCCAGUGUAUAGGUUAGCGGGUAGGCGAUAGUGGAAAUGAACAUCCAGGUAGCGGCGACACGUUGGAUGUUGGUGGGGUACAGCAGCAGCUCCGAGGAGGAGAACCAGGAGGAGCACCAGGAGGAGACUGCUCCCAACAAAGAUGCUUCUCCCACGCGUGAGGAGGAAGAGGAGGGAGAGGAUGGCUGCCCGGCGAGGAAGAAACCCAGAGCUGAACCACAGGUCUCCAAAACAAGGCUUCCUGUCCCUGGUUCCCUCAUGUCCAUGUUCCCAGAUGACGAUGAUCCAGAGACGGAGGACAGUUCCCUCCACGGUGGACGGAUCCGCUCGUUCAGACACGAGAGAGGAAACUGGGCCACCUAUGUUUAUUUACCAUACCAUCCUGAGGAGGAGUUUGAGGAGGUGCUGGAGGAGCUGUUCUCCGCUGCGAGCGACGGGGGGGUGGAAUUGACCCAACAGGAGGAGUUCCACCUCAGCCUGUCUCGGACGGUGGUCCUGAGACACCACUGGAUCCAGCCCUUUAUACAGAGCCUCCGGGCAGACCUGGCCCACUGCAAGAAGUUUGUUUGCUCUGCGAGGAAACUGAAGGUCUAUUGUAACGCUGAGAAGACGAGGACGUUCCUGGGGAUAGAAGUGUGUUCUGGUCAAACUCAGCUGUUGGACGUUGUCCGAGUCGUGGACAGAACGAUGACAGAGUUUCGUCUGGACACUUUUUACAAGGAGCCGUCUUUCCAUGUGAGUCUGGCCUGGUGUGUCGGAGACAUGAGGGAGAAGAUGGGCGGAUGUAUUCAGAAGCUGCAGUGCUUGGUUGAUGACCGUGAAGAAGGACCGUUUGACCUGAGGCUGGACGGCGUGGAGCUGCGCUGCAGGACAGGAAACAAAACCUUCCGCUUCCCCCUGGAGCCAUAAGACCAGAGGGGACUGGAACCUCUCAGGUCAAAGGUCACACUGCAAAACCAGGAGAGGGAUCUUACAUCUUCAUUCCAACUGUUACUCACUGUGUUUAGAAAACUCCUUUAAUAACGGCAAAGACAAUCACGGCGAAUUUGCCGGACGAAUAAAUGUUAUUGUAAUUUUCUGCAUUAUUUUUAGCACUGACUGUAAAUAAAGUUUCUAUAUAUAGUG